CGCCGCAUGUUCCAUUCUUAUUUAAUAAUCGAUUUUUUAACAAUCCAAUGGGUCUCCCUACCGCCUGGCUGCGCUGACCACGGAUCCCCAUCACCCCUUGCUAAGCUCGCAAUCUGACCACGCCACCGGCCGGCGCCAAUGGCUCCGGAAGAAGGGGCAACCCAUGCCGUUCGCCGACGUGUUGUCCUGUUCCCGCUGCCGUUCCAGGGCCACAUCAGCCCCAUGCUCCAGCUCGCCGAGCUGCUCCGCGCGCGCGGCCUCGCCGUCACCGUUCUCCACACCGACUUCAACGCGCUCGACCCAGCGUCGCACCCGGAGCUCGCCUUCGUCUCCAUCCACGAGACGCUCCCCGACGAGGCCGCCUCCCCGGACGCCGACAUCGUCGCACAGCUCCUGGCCCUGAACUCCGCCUGCGAGGCGCCGUUCCGGGACGCCCUCGAGGCUCUGCUGCGCGGCCCGGACGAUGUCGCCUGCGCGGUGGUCGACGGGCAGUGGUACGCGGCGCUGGGCGCGGCCAGCGGGCUCGGCGUCCCCGUGCUCGCGCUCCGGACAGACAGCGCCGCCACGUUCCGCACCGUGCUCGCGUUCCCCCGGCUCCGCGCCUCCGGCUACAUCCCUAUCAAAGAGGAGCAACUAGACGAGCUAGUCCCGGAGCUGGAGCCGCUGCGUGUCCGCGACCUUAUCCGUGUCGACGGCAGCGACACGGACGCUCUGUGCGGUUUCAUCGCCCGGGUCGCCGACGCCAUGCGGGGCUCCGCGUGCGGGGUCGUGCUCAACACGUUCGACGCCAUCGAAGCGCCGGAGCUGGCCAAGAUCCAGAGCAAGCUCUCCUGCCCGGCCUUCGCCGUCGGCCCGCUGCACAAGCUCCGCCCGGCUCGGCCCGCAGCAGAGCACGGCAGCCUGCACGCGCCGGACCGGGGCUGCCUGCCUUGGCUGGACGCGCACCCGCGGCGCUCCGUGCUGUACGUGAGCCUGGGGAGCGUGGCCUGCGUCGACCGCGCCGCGUUCGAAGAGAUGGCAUGGGGACUGGCCAGCAGCGGCGUGCCGUUCCUGUGGGUCGUCCGGCCCGGCUCCGUGCGCGGCACGGACGAGGCGCUCUCGCCGCCGCCAUUGCCGGACGGGCUCGACGAGGAAGCGGGCUGGAGGAGAGGGAAGGUCGUGGCAUGGGCGCCGCAGAGGGAGGUUCUGGCGCACGAGGCCAUCGGCGCGUUCUGGACGCACUGCGGGUGGAACUCGACGCUGGAGAGCAUAUGCGAGGGCGUCCCGAUGCUCGCGCAGCCGUGCUUCGCGGACCAGACGGUGAACGCGAGGUACGUGACGCACCAAUGGGGCGUUGGGCUGGAGGUCGGGGAAGAGAUAGAAAGGGCGAGGGUCGCGGAGGCUGUGAGGACGAUGAUGGCUGGGGAAGAAGGGGAUCGGGUGAGCCAGCGGGCGCGUGAACUGAAAUCGCCAACAGAUCGAUGUGUUGCUACCAGUUUAGCCAUUGACAAUCUCGUUCAGUACAUGAUGUCGCUAUGAAUUUGCGAACAGCUACACGCGAUUCACAUAAUGCCGCUAUAUGCAUUUUGCUUUGUCUGCAUCUUAUUUGUGAUUUGUCAAUUAGACGGUACACUGCCAAUGAAGAACCAUCUCCAAGAGUUUCUGCAAAUUUUUCAUACAUGGAGAUUUCCUAUCCCA